UGCUUGGGAGGAGAAAUGAUUUUGUUAUCUAUACUUGGAAGAUCAGCUCUACCACAGGUAUGCAGACAAGUGAUAUUAAGAACAAGCAAGUGCGUGUAGGUUUGCCUAUCUCAGGACGCUCCACGAUAGUCUGGUGGCUCGUCUUGGUUCGCUGAAGAUUUGCAUCGUCGCUUGGUUCGUUUGACGCAUGCUGAUUUGCUGGAGCUAAUUAAUACCUCAAGUCUUGUAUCGUCUACACACUGCCUAUGGGCCAUGGCUAUUUGUGGACCGGCUUGUCAAUGCCUAGAUGUGGUGUAGUUUGCUGUGGUUAGAAAAGACCAUGUACUACGGUGCACCAGCACCGCUCAGGUUCUACCGUUUGAACGCUGCACUUGGGCUCCAGAUGGUUGUUGCCCCACCUGUAAUUGAAAGGGUGUGUAUUUUUACAGUAACGUAUGAUAUUUUGCCUACUGACCACAAUUGCAAUUUGCAAAAGCGAUCCCUGCCAUCGACCUUUGGGCGUCCAUGCGCGCGCAUGUCCGAGGCGGUUGAGGCUGCAUGUAGGCCCACUAUCUUUUGGGACUCACCUGUCAUAUGCCGUUUUAGGUGAGAGGCAGUGUUGGAUUGGAAAGAUGAAAAAGGACGCCAGAAGCUUAAUAGGUAAGGGAAAGGCCCUCUCUCCUCCGUGCACGCAUUGACGCAUCCAAAUCAAUCUGGCAAUCUCUCACAUCCGCAAUAUGCUACUCGCCCGCUGCUCUCCUCGGUUCUCUCCCUCCACUGCCGUCUGCCAGUUUGCCAUGCCGAUACACACCUCGUUUCCGUCGUCGGGCUGGGAGGGGAGGGCUAAUGACCGGCAGAAGCAGCGAUGCUGGAGGAGGAGCAGGAGGCGGCUCUCGACGAGGAGAACAUCGGUGGAAGCAAGAACGCCGGCGGCGGGAUGCCUUCACGUCGGAGGCGGUGUGAGAGCGCCAGCGACGGAGCACUUCUCAAAAGGGAAAGAUUGUUGCGUCGCCGCCCCAAGAUCUCUCAUCCCCCCGCGUCCAUGUCGCCUCCUCCUCUAGAUCACAAGGACACCUCCACUUCCUGCGCCAUCAUGCCGGACCCUGCUUCUUCCCCGUCUGCCGCGCUAGGGCUGCCGAGGAAGCGCCACAUACGCUGUGCCGCAUGGCCGUGGCCACAGUGGUGGGACAUGGCCAGCCAACAGGAAAGAAGCUCAACCAGGGUCCAGGGGAUUACGAAGUUCAUGCCACUGGUGGUCCCUUCAGGUCAUCUUCCUUUUCACCCUCCCCACCUAGAUUUUGAGAAAGCUUGCUCAUGGUGCAGCUAGUAGGACAAUUGUGCCCAGAUCAAACAUCUCAUUACCCAGGUGUGUGAAUUUAUAUUAUUUUAUCUUUUAUGGUUAAUGUACUAAUUCUGUUCUGUUCUUGAAGGGAUAUUACUUGGAAGAACCUUGUCUUAGGCUGAAAACUUGCCAUUUACCUUUUUUGUGAAUUUUAAUCCCUAUAAAUGUUGUGUAUGUAAUUGAAUACCUUGUAUCAAAUCUGGAAGUGUUUAAGGCCUGAAUUGAGACGAGUAUUUGUGGCUCGCCUUUGAUUGGCCCUUCUGUAUAUUAUACCUUGUAUCAAAUUGAGGAGCAUUGAGUAGAGUUUUUUGUGGAAAAACACUGGCACAGGGUUUGAUAAAACUGUUGCUUCAUGCGUUGUGAUUGGGACGCACAGCUCCAGUUAGGAGGCGCCCCAUGGGGCGCCCCAACUACUAGUGCAUAUUAAUAUUGCAUG